AUGUCUCCGCUCGCCGAGAACGACGAGAUUCCUUACUACGAUGACGACGACGACGACGAAUACGACGACGGCUUCAACGACGACAUUGAGGCCCUCCGCCGCGCCUGUAUGAUCACCGGCCAAGACCCCGACGACGUCAUCGCCAAAAACGACCAAGGAAAAAACCCUAGCAUCCACCAAAACGACGACGACGACAUAGACGUAGGCCCCUCCUCCGCUCCCAAUUCCGACUCCGACUCCGAUUUCGACGAGGACCUCGAGCUGCUCCGCAAAAUCAAGAACCAAUUCUCCGAUAACAAGCCUCUUUCGCUGAAGCCUCUCUGUACUUUGCUGCCGCCUUCCGUCUCCGACGAGGAGGAGGACGACUACCAAACGCUACUCGCCGUGAGGAAACGUUUCGCUGCUUACGAGAACGAUACUCAGGGUAAAAGUGCAGUGCAGAUUGAUCCUCCCUGCAAAUCAGUCCAGGAAACUUGCAAUGAAGUAUCUGGAAGUGAGGCUCAUGAAAGGUUUCCGUAUCUGGUCACCUAUACUGAAGAGGGGAAGCCUUCCACUUCCAUUGAGUGGAAUCAGUCAGAUUCUUGUAAGCCAUCUAUGUCGCCAACCAAAAGUUCAGGAUUCCCAAAGUCUGCACUGGCUUUUUGGGAUGCUAUUAUUAAGAAUAGGUCCUGUCAGAAGUUUCUUGGAAGUAAGCUAAUACAAAUCAAAGCUAAAAUUGAGGAGAACAACAAACUGAAGCAGCGUGUCAAAAUCCUUAGAGACUUUCAAGCUCAUUGCAAAAGACGAACAGGAGAAGCGCUGUCUCAAAAGAAGGAUCCCUGUGUCCAGUUAAUUUUAACGAAAAGGCCAAGGGUUGAUUCAAAGGCACAUGACAGAGCUAUCUCAGCUUUGUCCUAUGGCCCAGAAGAAAAUUCACAUGUUGCUGACUACAGAAAGGCAUUGACAAAAUUUCCAGUUUCAUUAGAUCGAAAAAAUUGGUCAGAGGCAGAAAAGAAAGAUCUUCAAAAGGGAAUAAGACAGCAAUUUCAAGAAAUGGUUCUUCAAUCUUCCAUGGAUGAAUCAAGUUAUUCUGAGACGCGUCAUGGAGACUCAGAUGCCAUUGAUAACAUUUUGGCUUCAAUCAAGGAUCUCGAAAUUACCCCAUACAGCAUUAAGGAGUUCCUGCCUAAGGUUAACUGGGAGCAGUUGGCUUCCAUGUAUGUUCCUGGUCGCUCUGGUGGAGAAUGUGAAGCAAGGUGGUUGAACUGGGAGGAUCCCUUAGUCAAUCACGGACCAUGGACUACGGAUGAGGAUAAGAUGAUUCUGUAUCUUGUCCAGAAGAAUGGGGUCAAUGAUUGGAUUAAUAUUGCAGAAGCGGUUGGGACUAACAGGACUCCAUUUCAGUGCUUGGCACGCUACCAAAGGAGCCUAAAUGCUUCUAUUCUGAAACGGGAGUGGACCAAGGAUGAGGAUGCACAACUUUCUUCUGCUGUAGAGGCUUUUGGUGAGAGGGAUUGGCAGUCUGUAGCUUCUGCUUUGAAUGGACGAACUGGUACUCAAUGCUCUAACAGAUGGAAGAAAUCACUUCAUCCAACCAGAACAAGAGCUGGUAAAUGGACUCCAGAGGAAGACAAACGCCUGAUUGUAGCUCAAAUGCUUUUUGGGUCAAAAAAUUGGAACAAGACAGCUCAAUUUGUGCCGGGUCGAACUCAGGCACAAUGCAGGGAUAGAUAUGUCAACUCUUUAGAACCUUCUUUGAAGUGGUGUGAAUGGACUGAAGAAGAGGAUUCAAGAUUGAUUAAGGCAAUUGAAGAAUGUGGACAUUGCUGGUCAAAAGUUGCUGCAUAUGUGCCUAACCGGACUGAUAAUAUGUGCUGGAGGAGAUGGAAGGUAUUGUUUCCGGAUGAAGUGCCUUUGCUCAGAGAAGAGAAAAAAAUACGUAAGACCGCUCUCAUCCGCAACUUUGUUGAUCGGGAGAAAGAACGCCCAGCCCUUGGCCCUAAUGAUUUUCUUCUACAAGACGGUACCUCAAGGAAGAGUUUAACUAGGAAGACAGGAGGAUUAAGCCGAGUUCCAAAGAAGAUUAAACCAAGGAGGCAUAGAAACAAUGCUCAACUUUGCUCCGAGGAAGAAACUGGGACAAGCAAUUCGGAGGUUGAGACAUAUGAUGACGAUGAUGCCUCAAAGAAGAGGAAAAAGAAGAAUGUUCUCAAACCGCAUCAAAUAAGGCACAAAGACAAUGAACCCACAGGAGACUGUGAGGCUGUUGCACUUGUACCAAAGAAGAUUAGACCUAGGAGGAAUAGAAACAGCGGUCAAAUUCCUGGAGUAAGCCAUUCUGAGGUUCGGACAUGUAAUGGGGAUGAUGCCAUGAAGAAGAAAAUUCGGCGUCACAGAAGGCAGAAAGGCACUGAACCGACAGGAGAGUGUAAGGCUAUUGUACCUGUUAGUAAUGAGGAUGAUGCGCCCAAAGAACCCACAGAGAAAUCUUGUUCCGAUCAAAUCAUAGGAACAUCAGAUGAAGAGAAAGCUAUUUCUCACUUUCUACAUGAAUCAAAGAAGAGAAAGCUUGAAGUUGCUGAUGAUGAGACUGAUAAUCCUGUUGUGGCUUCCUUGGGGAAAAAGAAAUACAAGAAGAGGCAUGCUCAAACUACUAAACGGCAUGCUCAAAUACAAGAGGCCACAAUCAAAUCUGGGAAGGAACAAGCGAGCAGUGGCGAUGAUAUGACACUUAAUUGUUUUUUACGUAAUAGAUCAAAGAAGCGACGUGAAUCUGGCAGAGGAGAUAUUCAGAAUUUCAGAUGACUGGGUGAUCUAUUAACUUUUCAUAGGGUAUAUGCCCAAAGGACAGCAGCCAUUUAUAGUUAGAACUGCUUUAGACAAAGUUAUACGAGCCAUG